AUGAAUUUCCAGCCCGCCUUUGAUCCCGCUAUUUUCGCUCAGCAGCAGCAACAGCAGCAGCAACAGCAGCAGCAACAGCUGCCACAGCAGCCGCAGCCGCCUCUGGUUGACCCUUCCGUUGAUUUUCAGCCAACGCUCGGCUUGCAACAAAUGCCCCAGCAGCCUUUUUAUCCUGCGCCCUAUGGCCAGAUGCCGAACCCCACUUCUAUGUAUGCCACGCCUCAGGGCAUGCCCAUGGGGUUUCCCAUGGGACCAGGAAAGAUCCCAGGCACCAUGACGCCGGUCGCCGCCGCCCGUGGAGGAAUGAUGCCCGGGGCCGGGAUGCAGCCACAGCACCAGCAGCAACUACUCCAACAACAGCAACAGCAACAGCAGCCGCAACUGCAACCGCAACAGCUCGGCAUGCCAGGUGGAGGAGCUCACCGAAACCCGUACGCCCACACCCCGUAUCCGCAGCAGGGCCCUAUACCGCCUCCAUCACAACCGCAGCCUUCACAUUCGGCCACUCCUCCUCGUCACGCAUCCCCUCAUACGCCCCAGCAACCGCAACCGCAGUCCCAACAACCCAUGCCAGUAUCAAACCCAAUGCAAACUCCUCAAGGUCAGCAGUCCGCACAUCAGCCUCCGCGGCCCGUCAUUCAACCUCCACUGUCUCCGGCCUCGCAGAGCCGAGAAAAAGAACGUGUCACGGCACUGCUAGAGAUAAAUUCGGCCCUGUUGCAAGAAGUGGUAAAUUUACAGGCCCAGGGCAAAGCAGGCUUGCCAACACCUCCGCAGCAAAAGCAAGGUGAUGACAAGGACGGCGAGACAAAACCGAAUCAGCCUCCAAAACGAGAAUACAUUGAUUGCAUGCGUCGCCUACAAGCCAACCUGGCCUAUCUUGCAGCCAUUGCUGAUCGCUCUCGCAAACCGUCCUCUGCUAUUCCUGCCUGCCCCGCCAUUAUGGAUGCACCACCGCAUCUCCCUAGUUUGAGCGAGUCGUAUGCGAAGUUGCAACGGCUCUUUCCCGAUGCCAAGCCUGGUGUUAAUCUCAUGCAGGCCCCGAGAGUAGGCAUAAACGUCCCUGGCAAUCCCAUGGCUGCUCAGCAGAAGAUACCUAUACAGCCGCAAGGACAACCGAUGCCGCCAAACAUGAUGCAGCAGCAGCAGCAGCAGAUGAUGGCAAUGACGAACAUGCCCAUGGCCGGAAUGCCACACAUGGGUUAA